GUCCCGGCGCGCCGACCCGACACACCGAGCGAGCGCGCGCGUCCCGCUCGCCACCCCCUACUCGCGACCGUGGCGACGUGCCUCGCGAGUGGCAAGCGAGCGCGGCAGUGACGUUGUGAUGGAGAGCAGGACUUAUUGAGGUGGAAGCAGACCGGCGUCAGAAUGUUGGAUGCGGACAGCGCAGAGCCCGCGCACUACCUCGAGCACUACGCGUUCCUCGGCGGAAACUGCUCGACUUGGUGCCAGGACGACGCACCAGUCCUCUGCAACUGUACCUAUGGGAACCUGACUGUGGCAGACGAAGAAGAGCUGUACGAUGUGCCCGUCGGGAUAAUUGUACUGCUUUCCAUCUUCUAUGGAACCAUAUCGGCUGUCGCUGUGUUGGGCAACUCGCUCGUCAUCUGGAUCGUGACCACCUCGCGCGGCAUGCAAAACGUCACUAACUACUACAUCGCAAACUUGGCGCUGGCUGACAUCGUCAUCGGCCUGUUUGCCAUACCUUUCCAGUUCCAGGCGGCACUGCUGCAGCGUUGGAUACUGCCGCACUUCAUGUGCCCCUUCUGCCCGUUCGUGCAGGUGCUCACGGUCACGGUCAGUGUGUUCACUCUCACGGCCAUCGCCAUCGACCGGCAUCGCGCCAUCCUCAACCCUUUAAGGUGAGCCCAAUUAAGUACGGCACAGCCCGUUCGCAACUUAAAUGUACUUAAAUCGAUACACAUGGAGAUGAUAAUCAGCGAUAAUUAUUCUUGUGAGACUCGCAUUGGGGAUAAAAAGUGGACCUGACUUGUUAGCACCUCACUGAAGUCGAUUUUCGUGAGUGCAUUGCUCUUACUCCUUAGAAAAAUGUUCUCCAGACAAGCACACGGUUCUCAAAACGCGCGCAAUGAUCCGAUAACAGUCGAGUAGACAUUUGGCUGGGUGCGAGUUAGAGUUGAUGUGCAUAGCGGAAACCUCGGGAGCCCCUGCACAAAGACCCGCGCAUUACAGUGGUACACGCCACGCUACGAGGGGAAAAGGCUUAACCCAAACUGGCCUGGCUCUUCUUUCUGACAGCACAGGGAAACAAGCAGCCCAAGCUAAGGGAAAUUGGGAAAAAAGGCCAGGAGUAAAAUAGGUCGUGUUCCGGCGGGGAGAUUCGGGGUUGCUGUCAGGUGAGAUGGCCGCGGGGAGUGGAUGGGGGAAGAGCAUGGGUCGGCUGAACUUGUCUGGGGAACUCUUUGCAGCGGCUGCGGCUGACUUUGGACCGCUGGGAUGAUGCCGUUGGGUAUUCUUGCUGCUUGUUGCUGGUGCGGCUCUAAGGCCGGCCGCCCCACCCCGCCUCCCUAAUGUAGCGGCCCGGCCGAGGUCCCUGGAGGGUGUGGCGAGAGGCAAGGG